AAUAAGUGGGCAGAAAUCCUCCUAAUUUGUGACCAAAAUCCAUUUUUACGCACAGAAAACCCGGCGCAGGUGAGACUCCAGAGCGCUCAUUUGAGAUUAUAGAGAGACAGGAGGAGCGACGGAGGCGGGAGGGGGGGCCACACGGUCAAAGUGAACCUCAUUGAUCGGAGCGGGUCACUUAAUGAGAACCAUUUGGAGCCAGAGGCGGCCCCGAGCGCGCAGCAGCCAGCCAGCAGAGGCAGACCGCGCAGGCACGGAGGCCGGCAGCUGAGCGAGCGCAGCGAGCGCGCCACAGGGGGAAGAGAAACCCAACCGAAGAGAAAAAAGAACCAGACUGACGCGGAAGAGGAGUGAGAGACGGCUGGGAGAAGAGGAACGGCUGCGCGCUCUGGGGGAACUUUUUUUCCCCCUUUUUUCUUUUUUGUUUUACGCACGAGGGAAGGGGCUCGAGUGGCCGUAAGAAGUCCGUAAAGAUGCCGCGGGUUGUCCCGGACCAGAGGAGCAAGUUUGAGAACGAGGAGUUUUUCCGCAAGUUGAGCCGGGAGUGCGAGAUUAAAUACACCGGUUUCAGAGACCGACCCCACGAAGAGAGACAAGCCCGCUUCCAGAACGCCUGCAGGGAUGGACGCUCUGAAGUUGCCUUUGUAGCGACGGGUACCAACCUCUCCCUCCAGUUUUUCCCUGCCAACCUUCACGGGGAUCAGAGGCAGGUUCCCACCAGGGAAUAUGUUGACUUUGAAAGAGAAACAGGAAAGGUCUACCUGAAAGCCCCCAUGAUCCUGAACGGGGUGUGUGUGAUCUGGAGAGGCUGGAUCGACCUGCAGAGGCUGGACGGGAUGGGGUAUCUAGAGUACGACCAGGAGAGGGCGCAGCAUGAGGACGCUUUGGCUCAAGCCGCCUUCGAAGAAGCCCGCCGCAGAACCAGAGACUUUGAGGACCGAGACCGGUCUCAUAGGGAGGAUCUGGAGGACCCUGUGGUUUCUAAAAUCUGGGACUGAUGACACACAGACAGAGAGCCAGCAGAAAAGAACAGGUCCAGACGACAGCAGGACCCCAGCCCUGGCUCAAACAUGGCCAACGCUGACAUGGAACACAAGAUGCGCUGACGAGGAAGAGGAAGAGGAGCAGAGAUCCACGGCUGUUCACUUUCAACACAAUCAGCUGAUCGUCACGUGAAGCCACAGCUGCAGGAUGUUUGUCAUUAUGCUUCAGUUGGUUUGAUGUGAUCCCCUUCACAUGCUGAACAUUUUUACAUUUGAACAACAAAGAAAAAUGGAACUGAUUGAAUUGAAAGUGAAUCUAAACUUUGAAAAGAAGGACUCAACAGAAGGAGAAGCAUUCUGCCCACAUUUACAAGUGUUCGAUUGACAGUUUUUAUACACAAAAUGAUGUUUUCUGUUCAUAGAAAAAAAUAUAUAAUGGAAAUCUUUAAGGGUUGAAUAGGAGGAGGAACCAGAAGAUUCAGAAAAAGAGGAUGUUGUAGCUCAGGGUCACUUUCAGGUUUCAGCAGCUGAGUCAGCAUGAAACUUAAAAGGAGAAAAACUCCACUUCUAUUAAUACGGCUGUACGUCUGAGCUCUCUUACUAAGCCUGCUGUUUUCUGAGACCAAAGUUAGCUGGAGGUAAGACAAAGCAGAAAGGUGUGGAGAAGUAUUCAGUUUUUUUAAAUAAAUUUCUCUUAAAAGCUUUAAAGUUUUUGUGUCCGGAUGCAUGUGAGGAAGCUCCGACGUCCUUUGUCUUCCGAACUGCAGAACCGAUGACUCCAAUACAAACAAGCCCCAAUUUAUUUGGAUGUUUUGUGACUUUUAGCACCAAGUGGAGAACGGUGUAAAGUUAAAGGGGCAACCCAGUAUUUGUGCGAUCAUGAAGCCCAAACUUUUGCGUCCAAACAUGCAGAAAACAUCCAAACGAAGCUGUGUAACAGAGAACAUGCAUGUUCAGAAUCCUGCAGCGCUGUGUGGAAGCAGCGCCCUCUUUCCCGCCCCGUCGCAGCACCAGUGAAAUGAAAUGUUUCUGUGAGUUGUAAUCCUGCUUUUGCUUGUGUGAAGGUCAUGAUGUUUACUUUUUGUCAUCUUCUCUCCUCUGUGUGUGCGUUCAUUUUGGUGUCAGCUUUGACACUUCUUCUAUGUAAAUCUGUUGUCAAAAUCAAAAUUUCUCCACAAAUUUGGGAGGUUUUACAACUUCUUUUUUUUUUUGCUUUCAUUUUUAAUGUAAUAUUUAAUGAUGAUGGUCGACACGUCCUCAGUCUUCCUGUUUUAUAUUUUGUGACUUUCUGUAGGAGAUUUUUCCUUUUUUUUGUUUUGUUUAUGAAGCUCAACGGUUUCAUCAUAUCAUAUUCGACACAAACCGGUUUGUGUGUCUUCAAUCUGAUUUUGUUCUCAACUUAAAAAGCAAACAGAUGAUUUGUGUUGUACAUUGAUGACCACAUGUUUGUAAAAUUUUACAAAAAGCUUUGGAUGAAACCAAAAUUACAAUAAAAAGUGAAAAAUAUCUGAAAACUCAGA